UACAGCAAGAUGGCCCGUCCUGGCAGGGGGCGGCCAUGGGCGGCCGUUGGUGACGGGGCGGCAGGCUCCUCCUCCCUCCCUCCGGGGGACUCCGGGCGAAGAAUGGAGGCCGCGGCGGCGGCGGCGGCGGCGGCUGAGGGGGAGUCCGGCGGGGCUGCUGCUGUGGCGGCGGCGGCGGCGGCGGCGGCGGCGGCGGGGUGCUCGGAGCGGGAGCGUCGGGUGCGUGCGCUGAGCGCCGCCCUGCGGAGCCGCCUGGGGCCCUACGAGCCGCCGCUGAGCGCCCUGCAGGCCGUGCUGGUCUGGGAGAGGCCGGCCCGCAGCGCGCUCGCCUGGGCCGGAGCCCACGCGGCUUUCGGGAUCUUUGCCCUCACAUCUCUCCAUCUGGUAUUCUUGGUUGCUUUCCUCCUGAUUCUGAUAGUGUGUUUUGAUCAGUGGAAGAAUAAGAUCUGGCCUGACAUAAAAGUGGCAAGACCUGAUGAAUUAGACAGUGAGAGCUGGGGCUACGUCCAUCCCCAACAGCUCAGUGUCCCUGAACUGUGUCACUAUUUGGCAGAAGGCUGGGUCACAGGAGACAGCUUUGUGAAGAGCUUGCUGAGCUUCAAAAGGCACAAUCCAGGCAAGUUCUGCCUUCUAGCCUGCAGUUUCCUCACAUUUUUGGCUGUCGUGGGUCAGUAUAUUCCCGGAGUCUGUCUUGCCUAUCUGACAAUGCUUUCCUUCCUGCUGUGGCCCCUGGCUGUGUACCACCAUCUAGGUCAGCACCUCUACACCAAGCUAGAGCCAGCUCUGCAGCGGUUGGACUUCAGCGUUCGUGGCUAUAUGAUGGUCAAGCAGAGGGAGAGGCAGUUGCGUUACCAGACGUUGAGGAAGCCCCCUGCUGCUGGCGAUGAGACUGACAGCGAAGAAGAGCUUGCUGCUUUCUGUCCUAAGCUGGAUGAUGCCGUGGUUGCCAAGGAGCUGGCGAUCUCUGAUUCGGAACACUCAGAUGCAGAAGUGUCCUGUACUGAGAAUGGAACUUUCAAUCUCUCCCGAGGCCAAACUCCCUUGACUGAGGGGUCAGAAGACCUUGAUGGCCAUAGUGACCCUGAGGAAUCUUUUGCCCAGGAUCUGCCAGACUUCCCUUCCAUCAACCCUGAGGUAACGGGGAUAGACGACGAAGAUGACACCAGCUUAGGCAUUCCAAGUCUGGCCUUCCGUGCGCAGGGCCAGGAAGAUCUCCGGCUCUCUGGUGACAAAGAGGAAACGCCCGCGGGGUUCCUCCUGGGGGCCCUGCCAUCCACACACAACCUGACAAACGACUUGGCUGGCUUCAUGACUCGGGGGAUGAUCCAGCUGGCCCUGUCCGGGGCCUCCCCGUUGGGCUCUGCAAGCGGCAACAGACAGCAGCACGGUGCUCGGGCCUUCCUGCGGACCUCCAGCUCAGAGCUGGACACGGAUGCGGAAGGAGAUGACUUUGAACUGCUUGACCAGUCAGAGCUGAAUCAGAUGGACCCUGCCAGUUCCCGGGGCCAGUGAAACAACUGGCCUCUUCCUUUCUGGGGAGCAAAGAUGGAUGCGGCCUGGAUAAGACCCAGCUGGUUUCCCACUCAUUGGGGUGUGACCCAACUGGGUGGCAGGCAGCCCGAUUUCUAGAAUAAACUCCUCCUAGGCACAUUCAGAGGUUGGCUAUUCAGUGUGUGUCCUCUCUGCACCUCAGUUAGGUUGCUGUCUGUUGCACUGCUUGUUCAGAGCCAAAAUCUUACUCUUGCUAUUGUGGCGGCUCUUGUUAACUAGGCCUGCAAGGGAUCAUGAAGUCUCCUAGUGCCUCCUGAGUAGAAUGGAAGCCAGGUGAAGCAACUUAGGUAAUUUGGAAGCUGAGUGCUGUGCAGAGUAAGUUCUAAAGUCCCUUGAGCAACAAAGGUGAGCUCACAUCUUAUUCCCAAUAGAGACUUCGCUCCCCUGGUCCCAUCAAAUAUGUUCAUACUCUGGGUAUGUAAGUAAGUUUUGACUUGCCACCUCUGGGAUAGUGGAAGCUACUUCUCUACCCACAAUAAAUAUUGGCAUGCGACUCGAAAUUUAUACCAAGCCAAGCUCUUCCUGUUUUUGAAAGAAGAUGUAAGUGCUGGGCUGGCCCUUUCCACAUCAGUUCCUUGAGAGCUCAGGCUGAAGCGAGAUAAGGAUAGCAAUGUAGUCAGAGGUCAGUUCCCGUCUCUUCCUGCUCCUCCAGCAGUUGCCAAAAUCUACAUAUCUGCGGUAGCCAUGAACAUGCUUCCUCCCUGAGCAGGUUUAAGCCACCAAAGAGGUCACAUCAUCUAUGUGACAGAUUCCAGCCAGUUGGACAUAUCCAGCCACUGUGGUUUUUUAAUCAACUGAUGUUGAACACUUCAGUAGCGCCUUGAGCAUCCCUACAGAUAAUGUAGAAAAGCUCAGCUACUUGCCCAGAUCACAAAUACCUGCUGGCAAUAAAACCAGGUGUUCAGGGCCUGCUGCCGGCAGGCUUUCUGCUCUCCCCAAACAUACAGUAUUUAAAGGAUGACGAAAAACGUGGGCCUUCAGUGCUGAAGAACGUCUGAGAGGAAUGAUGUUGGCAACACCAGCUGGAGUACGAAGUACCUUUAUUAUGUGGAAAUCUCUGUGCCUUUCUGGCAACUAUGUUUUGGUUAAUUCCUUAGAACAAUUUAAAAACCGGAUUUAAAAUUGAUGACAGUUAUGGGGAUUUCUGUUGCACUGCCUGUAUCGCUGGGAGACGUUAUCACAUUCCUCAAGAACAAAUUGUUUGCAAACGAUUGCAGGAUCUUAAGAACGCUUUGGCACUGGGCUUGUUUGCACAUUGUUGUUUCUCCUUGUUUGAGUAAGAUUGCCGUGGGUUGUUUUCCUCAGCCAGCAUCUCCUGCCUGCAAAAGAACAUAGGCCUUCAUGCACUACUGAUGGGAGAUACUACUGCUAAUAAGUUUACAAUUCUGGUGCUCCAUCUUGUGUAUAGAAUUCCAUAUAUAAACAUUUGGGGGCGGGGGGGGGGGAGUUAUAUUCCAAACUAUUAGAAUGAACGUCAGAAACUUCUGCUUAGCACAAAGCCAGUCUGUGGGCCCUUUCCGAUUACAAAAGACUUGUGCUACGAUGGCACAUUUUAAAGUCUGUAUCCAGGAACCUGUACUAACAUGUGAAUCUACAGAACGGGAUCAUUUCUAAUACUUUAUAUCCAGAUAAGAGAGCGUGGCUCUCAGGUCCUCUGCCCAAACUUGCACCAUUUUUUGGCGCUCAACAGAGUAUAAACUUAGACUUUUUGACAUCACUUGAAGACCUUUGCAGUGCUCUGUCUAUUGUUUCCUUAGUCAAGCGGUAAUGUGGUCGUGUAAAUUCUAUAUGCCUAACAAAUGCUCAUAGAAAACCCUUGGGUGGAGCUUUGUAAAAUGCUUGGUUUUAUAGCAUUUGUGUGGUGGUAUCAUGGUGUUAGCAGCCAUUUCUAGUAUAUAAGUAGACAACAUUGUGGUUGUUCAUAGGUCAAUUUGUCCCGGUACAGGUUUUUUAAGUAAUCUAAACAAAAUGCUAAUAACUUUGGGGUAACUAAUUUUACCAGGUUCUGUGUUCUGUGGAUUCAAACCAAAUUCUAAUGCAAUAAAGCCAUGCAUUCUCCACUACGUUAAUAGUGAGAUGUUAUUUCUGUUUUGUCAAGUAUUUUUCUUCCUCAGUUUGGUGCAAAAUAAAGAAUUGGAAACAAA